AUGGUGAAGCUGCGUUCACUCAGAGUGAAGCACGCCAUCAUACGAGAGUGUAUGGCUGAGUUCGUGGGAACUUUUGUCCUUCUGCUCUUUGGCCUUGCCACUGUGGCACAGGUGAGAACCAGCAGAUUCACCAAAGGCGAUGCCAUGGCGCCCAGCAUGGCCUUCGCCGUGGGCGUCACAAGCGCCAUGUACCUCUGCAAGGGAGUUUCAGGAGCCAAUCUGAACCCUUCGGUGACCUUCAGUUUCUGCGUUAUGGGGAAGAUGCCUUGGCGAAAGCUGGCGCCGUACAGCCUGUCUCAGCUGCUGGGGGCUUAUGUCGCAGCAGGAAUCGUCUACCUGGUCUACUAUGACGCCAUAAUGGAUUACAGUGGAGGAGUCCUGACUGUGACCGGCCCCAAUGAGACUGCGUCCAUAUUCGCCACAUAUCCCUCAGAAUAUCUCAGUUUGGAGAACGGUUUCCUCGACCAGGUGGUCGGAACUGCGAUGCUGAUGCUGUGCAUCCUGGGUUUGGGUGAACAGAGGAACACUCCGGUCCCCGAAGGCCUGAUCCCUGUGGUUGUGGGAAUUGUCGUUUUUGGUCUCUCCAUUUCACUGUCGGCCAACUGUGGUUGUGCAAUAAACCCUGCACGAGACCUGGGGCCUCGCCUUUUCACACUAUCUGCAGGCUAUGGAACUGAGGUCUUUACGAGCUACAACUACUGGUUCUGGGUUCCUGUGGUGGCGCCGACCGUCGGAGCGGUUGUAGGUUCAUUCUUUUAUCUGCUCCUCAUCGACUGGCAGCUGCCGGACCCAGAGCCGCCUGAGAAGACGGUAGAAAUCUCCACCAUCAGUCACAAUGAGAAGCUCGAAAUAAGUCUAUAA